AUGCCUGUCCCACAGGCAGGACUUGCAUGCCUACAUCGUUUCGUUAACAAACUCUGGCGCCUGAGUCAGGAGAGCGAAGGAAAAUGCAUCAAUGCUGUCCAGUGGUUGGAAAUGAUCACCUUUGAUGUUUUACGAGAAAUGGCUUUUGGAGAAGGGUUUGAAUGUGUCGAGAAAGAUAAAGCAAUACUUCUGUAUAAACUCCAUCCUUGGAUAGAUCUAAUCUUUAAACACCUCUUCGAAGUCACGCUGGCAGACAACCGACCAAGGCGUCUCGACGCCGAGAUGCCCCGAAAGGACUUCUUCACUCACAUAGCGAACAAAGUCUUAGCCGGUGAAGUGGAACAGGAAGAGAUGACGGCACACGCAUCUACGCUAGUCCUAGCAGGCGGUGAGACGACUGCGACGUGCCUGACAGCUGCGAUGUACCAUCUUCUCAAGACUCCUGCUACGCUUGAGAAGCUUACGACCGAAAUUCUGGCCCGGUAUAAAUCUUAUGGUGAGAUUGAUGCUGCAUCUGUAAUGCAGCUGCUGUAUCUACAGGCCGUCGUCAAUGAGGCCCUACGCAUUCACCCGCCUGGGUCACAGGUAUUCCGGCGUGUAUCGCCUGGAUGCCAUAUUGAUAGCUAUUGGGUCCCAAAGGGAGUAUGCCAUUAA